UAGUGUAGACGGUGCACAACGUUGUAGCCUAUGAGCGACCAGGAGGACAUACACUUGGACGACCGUAUCUUGCCAUCAGCUAGACGCCCGAUAGCCCACGUGUCCCUAGGACCGGAGGGUGAUAGGAUUCUGUUCCGCCAGCUUAGGGAGAGACAGCAGCAGCAGAGGAGAGCUAGAGCAGUCGAGGCCAGCAGGGCUUUAGCUAGCGAGGCCGGUGCUACAACAGCCAUGGCCACUUCCGCCAUGGUCACUUCUGCGCAGCAGACUUCCCAAGCCAGCAGUUCAGGUGUCGUCGGGUCAACGGUCGCGCAGACCGUGAGUCAGUCCACUGGCGUUAUGGCAAGCCAGGCAGCAGUGUUGACUCCAGAGGAUGUCGCCAUCCAGCAGGCAGCCCUGCAGGAGGCACAACUACAACGGGCAUUAGGAGAGAUAAAAGCGGAGAAGGAGAAGAUGAUCAGAAGAAGAGCCAGGAUGCAGCGGAGAGGGGCAGGCAUAGAGGAGUUAGAGACGAUGGACCUGACGAACAUGGAUGAUGAUGUGAGGGUUGCAGUCACCACGCAGCCUGCUGUCUCGCAGCUUGUGCAGCCUCAGGGCACGCAGCCCCAACAGCUAGCACAACAACCUGUGUCACCGGGUCCACAGCCCGGAGUGGUGCAGGGAUCGGGACAAACUCAGUGGGUACCAAAGACGGCCAUCGCCGCUCCCAAACCUUUUACAAGGGACAAGAGAGGCGAAGACCUCGACACAUGGUUGAGGUCAGUGCCAGUCUAUGUUAGGUGCAAACUUACCUUGCCGCACGAAGAAGUGCUUGUGGCUGCAUCUUACCUAGAGGGUAGUGCAACAAGAUGGUUGAGCGGUUUAGUGCAGCUCCUGGGAUAUGGUCAUGACUUCCGCGCUUGGGCAGCCACCCAGAAACUGGAUGACUUCCUGAAGAUGGUGGAGGAGAGGUGGCACGAUCCUCAGGAGGCUCAAAGGGCCACUGAUGCGAUCCUGACAUUGCACACGAGGCAAUUUAAGUCGGUAAGGGAAGCCACUGACACUGUUGAGCGUUUGAUCUGUGUCCCAGGGGUGCGCUAUGACCCCCAGGUCCUGCUGACUUCGUACUUGAGAUGCUUUUCUCAGCCUCUCAAGAACCAGUUGGCAAAAGAGGCCAAUAUCAAUGUGCACAAUUUUCCUUCGUUCAGCAAGGUGGCCCUAUACCUUGAAGCUAAGAUAGGGCAUGGACAGGCACCCACUACGGAUGGGAGGAAGACGACACUGCCUCCUAACUGGAAGGCGAAGGGUCGCUUAGUGUUUGUCGAUAAUGAUGGUUCCACUAUCGAAGUCGACGAACACUUCCAGGAGGGAGUAGGUUUAGAGGCGGGCAGCGUAGAAACUUCAGAGGGUGGAGUGGUCGCUACCGUAGCUCAAAAAGGAAAGGCGACCGGUAGACGCCGUGGAGGUUCCCGGCCUAGGAGUCAAGUUGACCCCAAUGCUCCUCCAUGGGAGAAAGCGGGUCUCACCGACGACGUGUGGAGAGAUCGUUACUCACGGCAGGCCUGUAUUCAGGUUGUUGAGAGGGAGGUCGUCCACGCGAUAGAGAUUAUCCCAGGGUCUAGUAUUCUGAAGGGUAGGAUCUAUCGGAUGUCUCCAGGCGAGCUUGAUGAGCUUCGCCGCCAACUCAAGGAACUCGUAGAGAAGGGUUGGAUCCGACCGAGUGUCUCUCCUUAUGGGUCUCCAGUUCUAUUCGUACCUAAGAAGAAGGAGGGUACUCUUAGGAUGUGCAUUGACUAUAGGGGCCUCAAUGCCAUCACUGUAAAGAAUAGAGAUCCCCUACCACGCAUCGAUGAUCUGUUAGAUAGAGUGCAAGGGUGUCGAUACUUCAGCAAGAUAGAUCUGAAGUCCGGGUACCAUCAGAUUGCAAUCCGGCCCGAGGAUCAACACAAAACCGCCUUUCAGACUAGGUACGGUCUAUACGAGUUUGUGGUGAUGCCUUUCGGCCUUUGCAAUGCUCCUGGCACCUUUCAGCACGCUAUGAAUCGGAUAUUCCAUGACUACUUGGAUAAGUUUGUCAUCGUGUACCUCGAUGACAUACUUAUUUUUAGUAAGACUGUCGAGGAGCAUGUUGCACAUCUGGACAAGGUCCUCAGUCUCCUGCGACAGCACAAGUUCAAGAUCAACCAUGAGAAGUGUUACUAUAGGACUUUCGUUAAGAACUAUAGCAUAGUGGCCGCUCCUUUGACUGAUCUGACCCGCCUUGACACCUCAUGGGAGUGGACAAAUAAGUGUGAGGCUGCUUUCAGACAUCUGAAGCAUGCGUUGACGCACUACGAGGUCUUGAAACUUCCUGAUCCUGACAAGCCGUUCAUAGUCACCACGGAUGCCAGCCAAUAUGGCAUUGGCGCCGUGCUCGCGCAGCAGGAGGGGCCAAAGUUGAGGCCUGUAGAGUACAUGUCCAAGAAAAUGCCRUCUCAGAAGUUGGCUAWGUCCACCUAUGAGAAGGAACUCUAUGCGGUUUACAAGGCUCUGACCCAUUGGAGACACUAUCUCCUUGGGAGAUUCUUCAUACUCAGGACUGAUCAUCAGACCCUGAGAUGGAUGAGAACCCAGCCUGUACUUUCUGACGCCCUCAAGCGUUGGAUCGAAGUCAUUGAACAGUAUGACUUUGACCCUCAGUAUCUGAAAGGGGAGUACAACAAGGUUGCGGAUGCCUUGUCGCGUAAACCUGAUUUCUCAGGUGCGCUGAUUACUGAGUUUAAUCCGACGGACCAUGUUACUCAGUCCUUGGUGGAAGCCUAUCGCGAGGACCAGUUUAUGUCCGAGAUCAUACGCAGACUCCAGGCAAAGGACAAGAAGACCUCUGCCGAGUUUGAGUUGGUCAAUGGCUUGCUGUUCCUUGAGAAGGACGGGGAUAAACGAUUGUGUGUCCCAAGUAGCGAGUCUUUGCGUAGUUUGUUUUUAGGUGAGUGCCAUGAUGCCACCGGCCAUUUUGGGUACAAGAAGACCGCAGCCAAUCUGCUGCAGCGGUUCUGGUGGCCCACGAUGAUGCGAGACGCCCAGCUGUACCUUGAAUUUGCUUACCACUAUGAACAGAAGAUGCAGCAGGCUGUAGAACAGAUCCAGAAGGCGCAGGCUGCAAUGAUAGAGUCUGAAAAUAGGCACCGCCGGCCUUCUACAUUUCAGGUUGGGGAUAGGGUCUGGCUUAAGUCGUCAGAACUGGGACAGGAGCACGGGAUCUCCCGCAAACUCAUGCCCCAGUACUUUGGACCCUGGGAAGUCUUGGAUAUCGUUGGGACAGAUCCUGAUGAUCCAUCUUAUGUUAUCCGGAUCCCUGGUCAUCUCCGUACUUACCCUGUCUUUCACGCCUCCAAGCUGGCACCUUUCAAAGAUACUGAUCAGUUUCCAUCUUGUCGCUCAAUGCUGCCCCCAACCAUGGAUGGAGAGGUGGACAUCGAUGAUAUUGUGGAUCACAGAGAGCUGCCGGUAUCAAGACCAGCAGGCAGGGGACGUCCUCGGAAACCGAAGCUGCAGUAUCGCGUUCGGUUCCGGCAUCACACUGAUCCAAAGGAGGACCGCUGGUUCACCAGGGAAGAGCUCAUGCAGACCGCUCCUCAAGUUGUAACCCAAUACGAGAGAUCUCUGCAGAAGGGAAAGCGCUCUAUGAUCGAGGAUUGAGCUUCUCAGAGGACUGUUGAAGCUAAGGGGGAGGGAAUGCGAGGCCAGUGCCUCUAUGAGCCCCAUAAGGCCCCAAUUUGCAGCCCGUCGG